UGCCUGCUGUGGUGAUGUCAUCUCACCGCGCCGCGCUCGCUGAUUAACAGGCGUCGUGAACAGCGAUUCAUCACUUGCUUUCUAACAAUAUUGGACUACAAUGGCUGUGGAAUCAAGGGUCACCCAAGAGGAAAUCAAAAAAGAGCCAGAAAAGCCAGUGGACAGAGAGAAGACAUGCCCUCUUCUUCUCCGAGUGUUCACCACUAACAACGGAAGGCAUCAUCGCAUGGACGAGUUUGCUCGGGGGAAUGUACCUUCUAGUGAGCUUCAGAUUUACACCUGGAUGGACGCUACUUUGAAGGAACUGACAAGCCUAGUGAAGGAAGUGUAUCCCGAAGCUCGAAAGAAAGGAACACAUUUUGGGUUUGCAAUAGUUUACCCAGACCCUAAGCGACAGAUGUACAGGGUUAAGGAGAUUGGCAAUACUGUUUCGGGACGUAAAGGUGCAGAUGACGCCAUGACGCUUCAGUCUCAACGCUUUCAGAUCGGAGAUUACCUUGACAUCGCCAUCACUCCGCCUAACCGUGCACCACCUCUCCAAGGACGCAUGAGACCCUACUGAAACAAGACCGCAUGCAUUUAAACAAACGUGGAGAAUGUCUGGAAAUCUGCCUUCCUGUAGAUUUCAGUUCAAACCCUAAAUUAGGUUUGAUUAGCUGAUUCAAGUGUUCAAGUCAGAACUAAACUCUGUAGGAAGGUCAAUCUCCAGCUGCAGGAUGGGGCAUAUCUUGAGGAUUGGAAGUUUGAUAGAUUUUUUUUCAUAUAUUUUGUGUUCUUCAUGGGGUUUUAUUCCAGGUCUACCUUUUUAAGUUUAGUCCUGUUUCCAUGAUUCCCAUAAAAUCUUGAAUAAAUCUUUUUUUUUUUUUCAGUA